AGUUCCGGCUCAGAGCCAUCGGCGAGCCAUGGGCGCCUGCGCGGGCAAAGGCGGGCUACCCGAGAGUCGAAGGGUGGUCCUGGCCCGCGACGAGGUGGUGACCAGCGAUGUGGAUCCCUGCGCUAUACGCAGGCCCAACCUUCACCCAGCAGGGCAGCAGGACCAUGACCGCUACGUCCGUGCACUGGGGCUCUACCUGAAAGCAGUCCACCAUGCGCCAGAUACAUUCAGCCAGUUAGUGGAUCAGCGACGCCGAUCAGCAUUCUCGGACGUGGAAGAACCCGAGCGCCACCAGAUUGCCGACCCAAAUUCCCGUGCUCUGCACCUCUAUUUGGAUGCGGUGCGCCAGGCUCCUGAGACCUUCGUAAAACUGGUGGACCAGCGGCGCGAGAUGUAAGAGGUUGUCUUGGUGGCGCAAGCCCAGCC